UGACUCGAACACCAUCUGACAUUGCCACGUACAUGAGACACCACAUGAUGAGUUAGACAAAUCAAUAGCAUAUUAUACAUAUACUCCUCCCCUUCAGAUACUACAUUAGUUUUGCACCCACAAUGGAACCCACCAAACAAACCCUCCUAAUCGGUGGUCUCCCCGUCGAUAUCUACUCCCACCCGACUUCAACGUCCAGCUCCACACACCCCAUCCACGUGCUCUUCUUCCUCCACGGCCGUUUAGGAAGCGCACAAGUUCAAUACGUCCUCGAUAUUGUUAAAGCUAUUUUGAAUGAGAGUUAUAAAUCAGGUGGGGGAGAGAGGAAGAAAGAUCUUAUCGUCGUUGCUUUUGAUCACAGGAACCACGGAGCGAGACUUGUAGACCAUCAGCGGAAUCUCGUAUGGAGCAAGGAUCCGGCUGAGAAUAACGAUCAGCAUGCGAUGGACAUGUAUACCAUCCAAACUGGUACAGCACAAGACGUGUCCUUCUUGAUCGACCAUCUUCCUUCCUUCCUCUAUCCCUCGGGUGAACGGACGAUUGUGGAAUGGGGUAUAAGCGGUGGGAGUCUUGGAGGACAUUCGACGUGGAUUGCGCUCUGUAGAGAACCCCGGCUCACCCUCGGAAUUUCCAUAAUCGGCUGCCCCGACUAUAUGAAACUCAUCUCCCACCGCGCCCAAUCCUCAGACAUCCCUCUCUCCCCGCCCUACUUUCCUGCCUCCUUUAAAGCAUACAUAGAAUCGCAUGACCCUGCACGGCUGGCGUAUCGCGCCAAUGACGCUUCCAAUCCGUUUUGGGGGAAGAAGAUAUUGGUCCUUUCAGGGAAGGAGGAUAAGGCUGUGCCGUGGGCGGCGUCAGCCGAGUUUGUGGAGGGUCUUGAAGUUGGGGAGGGUGGGGUUAAGAGGGUUGUGGUAGAGGAAGGGGCGGUGCAUGAGUAUACGAGUGAGAUGGAGAGGGAGUUUGUGUCGUUUGUGAGGGAGUGGUUGGAGUCGUGAAGGUGUUGUUCGAUUUAUUUUUGGGACGAGAAGUUGUAUUCAAGUUUG